UGCCAACCAUGCACCGUAUUGCGAUCGUCCUUAGUGCGCUCGUACCCAUCGUCUUGGCUUCUGGCGAAGGAGGCGAGCGCGGCUAUGGCGGCUACGGCGGCUACAGUGGCUACGGCGGCUACGGCUCCAACGCGUGCUCGCAACUAACCGACUGCGUCGUCAAACCGUGCUACAUCGUCAAGUGUCUCUACGGCUCGUGCGUCUACGACAAGCAGCCGUAUGGCACCAAAUGUCCGGGCAAGGGCGACUUGAACAAUGGCUCUUGCGACGACGACGCCAACGACUUUUGCGACGACAGCGGACAGUGCAAUGACGCCUUCAAGCCCGCUACGCACGUGUGCCGCCCCGCCGCCAACGUCUGCGACGUGCCCGAGCUGUGCGAUGGCAGCUGCAGCUUUUGUCCGACCGACCAAUUUGCCGCCAAGAAGACGGUCUGCUCGUCCAUUGGCGCGUCGUCGGGUGGCCUCUGCGAUAGCGUCGACUAUUGCGAUGGGCGAGGCCGCUGCGUCGAUGGCUUUCGGCCUGCUGGUAGUGUCUGCCGCGCCGCCGUCGAUGUGUGCGAUGUGCCCGAAACGUGCUCUGGCAAAACCGGUGCAUGCCCCGCCAACAAGUUUGCAGCACAGACCACCGUGUGCACUGCGAUUGGCAAGUCAUCCGGAGGUCUCUGCGACUGCGUUGACUACUGCAACGGCAGGGGCAAGUGUAUCGACAGCUUCAAGCCCACGGGUACUGUCUGCCGGGCCGCGACCGAUGUGUGCGACGUGGCCGAAACGUGCUCGGGUGCGAGUGGCGUCUGCCCCGCCGACGCCUUUGCACCAAAGACGACUGCCUGUACGUCGCUUGGCAAGUCGACGGGCGGCGACUGUGACGAUGUCGACUACUGCAACGGCAAUGGCAAGUGCGUCGAUGGCUUCAAGCCUAAGGGUAGUGUGUGCCGCGCCGCCGCGAAUGUCUGUGAUGUCGCCGAGACCUGCAAUGGCUCCAACGGCAACUGUCCCAGCAAUGCAUUCGCGCCCAAGACCACCGUGUGCACGAGUAUUGGCAAAUCCACGGGUGGGCUCUGUGAUGGCGUCGACUACUGCGACGGGGACGGCUGCUGCAUCGAUGGCUUCCGCGCCGCUGGUGGCGUUUGUCGCGCGGCCGUCAACGUUUGCGAUAAGGCCGAGACGUGCUCUGGCAAGAGCGGCGCCUGCCCGUCUGACAGCUUUGCCAAGAAAGGUACCGACUGCUCGUCAAUUGGCCUCUCGUCCGGCCGUCUUUGCAACGAGAAGGACACGUGCGACGGCCGCGGCUGCUGCGUCGAGACAUACAAGCCCGCGGGUACCGUCUGCCGGCCCGCGGCGUCCGAAUGCGAUGUGCCCGAGGUGUGCCCGGGCAACUCAGGCGUAUGCCCCAAGAACGCUUUUGCGCCGUCGACCAAGGCGUGCAACGGCAAGUCCACCGGCGGCGCGUGUGACGGCGACGACACGUGCGACGGCAACGGCGCCUGCGUCGACAAGUACCUCGACGCACACUCGUUGUGCUACCAUAAGCAGGGCGUCUGCGACGGCAACGUCUUUUGCGACGGAACGUCCGCCGUGUGCCCGGUCCCAAAGGCCUACACGCUCCUCACCGCGCAAGCGUUGCGCAGUUGUGCGACCUCCGUGUCAAGAUUCACGUCGACGUCGCUCGCGUCACUGUACGAAGCGAGCGUGACGCGAUAUGGCGUGGUGUUGCUCGUGUCGUGUCUGUGUGUCUCUGCGCUUGCUGUGUUUGUGGCCAGAAAGGCCCGCGUGUCCGAAGACGACGCGUUUGCCUACUACCUCGAGACGUAGGCAACUUCAACCUGAAAUAUACCGUGUUUUUCCAGGAAAUCGGUAGAAAAAGCCGUGA